CUUCUUCUAGUAAGAGUUAACGUUUAAAGACUUAUAUACAGCUAGAUAGCCCUCGACAUAAACUUACCUUUGAAGCCUUUCCAUAACUGUAGUUAGACUUAGAUCUCUUAAGUAUUUAGUCUAACAUCAGUAAGUAGAGCCCUUAACUGGAAGAUCUUAGUACUUCAAUACUUGGAGCUCUUCAUAGACAAAUAUAAACUUAACGUAGAACUUUAAACUGUCUUAAAAUAUUAAGAACAUUUGAAAACAUGCAAUCAGCACUUCGACUUAAACUUUAAUUUGAUGAGAUAACCUUUCCGAUAAGAACUUUUGCAUCUACUUGAUAAUCUGAUACCCAGAUAAUUAUCAUAAAUUAUUAACCCAAGGAAAAAUACCUUUCAAUGAAGUGAUAGAAACAACGUUUUCCACUAAAUCAAUGGGACCUGUGAAUGUUCUGGAAGAGCUGAUACCUAUAGGCGAAACCCUUGUCCUACUUACAUGCACUUAGUACUCAAGCCCUUGCAAUGCCAACCCUUGACUUGAAUCGGAAUUAGAUAAGCCAAAUAUAUAUAGUAGGCAACCGCUAAGUGGAACGUUACAGACUAAGAUCUAUUGAUAUGGGGAGUACCAAAGUUCUCCAGACAGCAGAACCACAAGGUUGUUGCUGUUGUUGAUGUUGAUGUUGCUGUUGCUCGUGUUGCUCAUGUUGCUGUUGGUGUUGCUUUCGGCCGGUGUUGCUGUUGCUGUUGUUGCUUCGUUAUCGCCUCGCGGCGACGGCGUCAACAUUUGCAAAUGACGUCAAAUGUUAUAAAGAAAUUUCAGUUCGUAUAUAUGGCCGGAGAUACAUAUGUAUGUACAUAUGUAUAUAUACCUACAGACUUGUACCCAAGUGUGUUGUACAUAUGUAUAUUCGGUAUUGUUGCUGUUGUGCACUGGCGUAACUGGAUAGCCGCGUCGCUGGCAUUUCCAUUAUUAUCAUAAUGUGCUGUUCGAUUUGGGUUUCGGAUUGGAUUGGAUUGCCUUGCCCGACUCUGGGCGGUUUCGCUUGUGGUCGCCGGUUAGUGGUUGCUAGUUGCUGGUUGGUGUUGCUAGUUGCUGAUUGCUGAUUGCUAGUCACUGGUGUUGCUGGUUGCCUGUUGCCAGUUUCCCCAUUUUGCCAGCUUUUAGCUUUGGAUGCCGCAGAUGGAGCUGCCAAGAUGCCAACACGCUCCGACAAUGCCUACUUAGUAUCGUCUGUCUUUACUUUUUGCGGACCGUGUUACAUGGCACAUACAUAUGUAUGUAUUAAAUUUAAUCAAUUUUGAUUGAUGUGUGCGCAUUACAGCAGCAGCAGCAGCAGCAGCAGCAGCAACAACAGCAACAGCAACAAACACCUCUGUAGACCCAAAAGUCAAAGACCCAGCUGCAACGAAGCGAUAAUACCCUGAUUUGGAAGGGAUUGAUUAGCUUAGCUUACCAAGUCGCUAAAGUAAAUGGUAUUUCCCCUGAAGAGUUCUUAAAAAAACUUGGUCAUUACUAAGUGACUUCUGCAGAAAUCCUACACACUUAUGGGAAAGUAAGCUUUGCAAUCCCCAAAGAAAAAUAUUUCCGCUUGGAAAUUCCUUUCAAAUCCAUCAAUGAGCAUCAUAUUUACAAUAUCACAAGCAGCUUCAACUGAUUCUAGGGAUAGACAAUAUUAUUAUCUCCACAAACUAUUAAAUAUAUACAAACUGACUGUUUUAAGACAUUUAGAUUCUCUAUGAUUUCAUUCUAGUAUUGUUUUUGUUCUUAAUUACGUUUAUAUCAGCACAAUUAUAAAACGUACUCCCAUAACUAGAACUACAAAAAUAAUAUUUAUAGCUUAACCGUUUAAUUUAUAUCUAUGAUUUAUUAGCUGUUAAAAAGUAUGAGUAACUUUACAAUGUGACUUGAUUGUAAACUUUUAUAUCGCCAUUUUUUCCACUACUCCUAACUAUUAACUAUAAAGAUAAUAAAAAUGAUUUUUUAAUCAUCCCUAUAAUUGAUUAAUGUUCUGACUUAUCUCUUUAGAUCUAAGUCGUACGUUUUAUAAUUGUACAAACCUACUUUUCUUUAUAAUCUCAUUUUAAAGAAACAUUCAGUCAAAGAGUUAGCAGAUCGUUAUAAACUCCAAAGAUUCUAGUUCCUAUCUCUCUCUAUCUCUAUUUCUCUAUCUCUAAUCUAGUACUUUAAAGUCCCUGAUCUGAUUAAAGGGUAUUUGGGUGGCAAGGAGACCCAAUCGAUCGUUAUGAUCGCUUGGGCUGUCUGUUGGAAAGGGAGGGGAAUAGCCCGAUCGGAAUGAUGCGGUUUUUAGGCGCGAACGGGUUCGCAAAUGCUCAGAAAUCAAAAUGCAGCGACAGUCUCUCAAACUCUCUGGCUUUGGCUUCUCCCUCUCGGUGCCUCCAACUCUAUCUAUAUCUCCGAAUUUCUUGGUACCCCCACAUUGCAGACGUAGUUAAGUUCCAUUCGCAAACGCUCCACUCCACCGAUGCACUUGCCCGAGUGCCUUGGGCCAGAUUCCAUGUAAGAUGUCCGUGUGCGCCCUCACCCAGACGCAGCCGCAGAAUCCCAAGAAUUCCAAGAAUCAGAAACAAAAGAACGGGACAACGAGAUUACCGACGCUGACAACCGCAAACGGCACCGGAAACGGAAACGAAAGUGGUAUAACCCUAAACGGCAAGGCCAAGGGCUCCGUAACGCCACCCACUCCGCCGCCUUCUCCGCAGGUUCGGAUCUACGAGGACUUUGACAGGAUGAGUGCCAAAGAGGUGUACUACAAUGAGGCGGGCAAGAAGGUGACCGUGAAGCUGCUGCACUUUCCCGACGUCCCGCCCGAGGAGAUAUCCAAACUGAAGUUCGAAGAUGACGAUGAUGAUGAUGAUGGUGGGAAUGAUGGGGCUGAAGAUGGUGGCGAAGAGGAUAGGGGUGAUGAGGCCGAUGAGGAUAGCGAUACGGGACGCAGACCCACCUCUGCGGACAGUGAAACGGACACGCAGAGGGGUCAAGUGGAGACAGUGGCCUCCAGCUCCUCCAGCUCCUCCAAGAAGAUCCUGCGCCGCAAACUAUCCGGCAACAAUAUGCAGACCCGGAAAUGCAGCUUGGCCUUUGCCCAGGCCCAUGGAAUCCGGCAGCGGGCCGAGAAGAAACUCUCAAUGCCAACGAUUAGCAUUACGGCCAAUUCGGGUGACCAUGUGGCCCACAAUUGUGGCCUUCGUCUGGGUCUGGGCAGAAAGCUAUCGCAGCAGCACUCGCUGCCCCUAAGCACCUCACCCACCUCACCGUCGCCGACGCACAUGGGACCCCGACGAUCCCAUUCGCCAUUGGGCCAGAGUCUGUGCCCCGGCUACAUCCAGUACUCCAAGUCGCUGCUGGAGGUGCCCAUGCCCAGAGAUUACGGGUACGCCAGUAGCGAUGAUCUCAGCUCCGAAUGGGACUCGGAUGUGUCCACCUCGGCGGCCGGCUCGGCCGGAUCGGGAUCGGGUUCCUCAUCGCAGGCCACCGCUGGCAAGAAGAGCUCCGGCUGGCGUAAGAUCCGCAACAUCGUCCAGUGGACGCCCUUCUUCCAGACGUACAAGAAGCAGCGAUAUCCAUGGGUCCAGCUGGCCGGACAUCAGGGCAACUUCAAGGCGGGUCCCGAACCGGGCACCGUGCUCAAGAAGUUAUGCCCCAAGGAAGAGGAGUGCUUCCAGAUCCUCAUGCAGGAUCUGCUGAGGCCCUAUGUGCCUGUUUACAAGGGCCAGGUGACCAGCGAGGAUGGCGAACUCUAUUUGCAGCUCCAGGAUCUUCUCAGUGACUACGUACAGCCGUGCGUGAUGGACUGUAAAGUGGGCGUUCGCACCUAUUUGGAGGAGGAGCUGUCCAAGGCCAAGGAGAAGCCCAAGUUGCGCAAGGAUAUGUACGACAAGAUGAUACAGAUCGACAGCCACGCCCCCACCGCCGAGGAGCACGCGGCGAAGGCGGUGACCAAGCCACGAUAUAUGGUCUGGCGGGAGACCAUCUCCAGCACAGCCACACUGGGAUUCCGCAUCGAGGGCAUCAAGAAGAGCGAUGGCACCAGUUCCAAAGAUUUCAAGACGACGAAGUCACGCGAACAAAUCAAGUUGGCCUUUGUCGAGUUCCUCAGCGGCCAUCCCCACAUUCUGCCCCGAUACAUCCAGCGUUUGCGUGCGAUAAGGGCCACUCUGGCGGUAUCGGAGUUCUUCCAGACCCACGAGGUCAUCGGCAGCUCCCUGCUCUUCGUCCACGAUCAGACCCACGCCAGUAUUUGGCUGAUCGACUUCGCCAAGACGGUGGAGUUGCCGCCGCAACUGCGGAUCGAUCACUACUCAGCCUGGAAGGUGGGCAACCACGAGGAUGGUUAUCUCAUCGGGAUCAACAAUCUCAUCGAUAUCUUUGUGGAGCUGCAGGCCUCUUUGAAUGCGGAAGCAUCUGUUCCAUCGCCAGUCUCUGGCGGGGAUUAUGAAAAAGAAGAGCCAGGAGAAUGCAAACCCUGAAGGGAAUUCUUUUUUUUUUUACGGGGGUUUGGGGCUGGGCCCCAAAGCAAUGACAUUUCCACUUCCCGAAUCGAUUAAUCCCCAAUUCCUAGGAUAAGUUACCUAGUUUUUUUUUUUGUUUUUUUUUUACAACAAUUUGCUUUCAUUUAACCCCUUAAGUUUAAAAUCAAAGACUGAAACCACAAUAAGCAUAUAUAGUACAUACACAUACAUACUUUUACUAUAUGAUAUACGCCUACUUAUAUAGGAAAUAUAUAGCCGUAUAUGUGCUGAUACUGUAGUGUAAUUUAUUUAUCCAAAAAAUUCACGUUUGGCGAACCCCGAGAGACCCGAAUAGUUGGAGAAUACCCGCAGGCAGGCAAAACUGUCAAUCGUUACGAUACGAAAAGUAACUGAGAACACCCAACAGCAACAAGAGCUUAAUUUAAGGUUUUAAUAUAAUGGUUAUGCGACUACCUACUAAAUACUACUAAUUGUGCACUAUUAAAUUCAGUUAAACCAGAAAA